CUGUUAAAUAUGUUGAUCAAUAACAUGUCAUUUUCAUAUAUUGAUUAGACUUGCUUCACGUCAUUAGAAUCCCACCACAAUACAACUCAACAACAUAAAUAUAUGUACAUUUUACACAUACCCUCAAAUCAACCAACAUAAACCCAUUUUUGCCUCAAAGAAUGGCGACACCAAAGACUUGGUGCACAAAUUUACUCCUUUCCCUCCUCCUCAACUCCUUUCUUUUCCUCUCCUUCACCCCUCGACCACUUGCGGCAUCUUCCGCCAAAUUUGUCCGGCCACCAGCUCGGAACAUUAUCCUUACUCCCCACAAGCGCUCCACUUCAGAUCCCCAACAGGUGCAUAUAUCUCUGGUAGGAAAAGAUCGAAUGAUGGUGUCAUGGAUAACGGAAGGCAAAGGAAUGGCACCAUCAAUAGUAGAAUAUGGAACAAAGUCGGGAGAAUAUGAGUCGUAUGCAAAAGGAGAUCACAAGACGUACCAUUAUUUUUUGUAUAGUUCGGGAAGAAUACACAAUGUUGUGAUAGGACCAUUGAAGCCUAACACAACUUAUUAUUAUCGAUGUAGCAAAAAACAGCCCGAGUUUUCCUUCAAAACUCCUCCAUCCUCUUUUCCCAUCGAGUUUGUCGUUGUUGGAGAUCUCGGUCAGACUGAGUGGACAAAAUCAACAUUGGAACAUAUUGGCCAAAAUGACUACGAUGUAUUUUUACUACCGGGUGACCUCUCUUAUGCCGAUACCCAACAACCACUUUGGGACACCUUCGGACGUUUAAUUGAGCCUUACGCGAGCCAACGACCUAUGAUGGUAACCGAGGGAAACCAUGAGGUUGAGUUCAUACCCUUUGUGGCCGACUCCUUUAGGGCAUACAACGCAAGAUGGUGUAUGCCCUACGAGGAGAGUGGAUCCUCCUCAAACCUUUACUACUCGUUUGAUGUAACCGGAGCUCACAUCAUAAUGCUUGGGUCAUACACGGACUAUGAUGCUAACUCAGCCCAAUACGCGUGGCUACAAAUCGACUUGGCUAAAAUUGAUAGGGCUAAGACACCAUGGGUCAUAGUGUUGCUUCAUGCACCAUGGUACAACUCAAAUACUGCUCAUAAAGGCGAAGGAGAGGAGAUGAGGCAAGCUAUGGAAGAAUUGUUGUAUAAAACUAGAGUUGAUGUGGUCUUUUCGGGUCAUGUCCAUGCCUAUGAACGUUUUACAAGGGUUUAUAACAACCAGGCUGAUCCGUGUGGUCCUAUUUAUAUUACAAUCGGUGACGGAGGAAAUAGAGAAGGCCUUGCUUUAAUGUUUGAGGAUCCUGCGCCAUCAAUCUCAAAGUAUAGAGAAGCAAGCUUUGGACAUGGACGGUUAAGAUUGUUGGAUGGUAAUAAAGCUCAUUGGUCAUGGCAUCGGAACAAAGAAUCGAAUGCCUCAACCAUUGCAGAUGAAGUAUGGCUUCAAAGCUUAAGCUCCUCCACCUCUUGCUGGCCUAAUGACUCAAUGACUAAAUACGAUGAAUUUUAAAAUUGUUUGGAAUUUUUUUUAUAUAACAUAUAGAGAUAUGAAUAUUUAGUUUUCAUCUCAUUUCAUUUUGAAGUGUUACGUAAAUGCGCAAAGGUUCUCUUUUUUUUUUUAGCCUCAGAAGAAGACUAUGAAGGAUUUGCAAUUAGCAGUUGGUGAUUUAAUUUGAUGGAAUUUUUUCUUUUCAUAUUGUGUAGAUAUGAUUUGAAAAUUGAAACUAUUAACCUCGUCAUGUAAUCAAUAUUUUAGAUACUUAAAUUUAUGGACUCAAAACUAUGUAUAACUCUAUGGGCCUUUUAGAGUUUUAGUAAGCCAAGGAAUAGGAAAUAUGGCUUUAUUAGUUACUAAUACAAAGUAUAUAUUAAUGUGAUGGAUCUAGUCCAGAAUGAUUAUCCUUCCACAGUCCUCUGGAUCCAAAAGUCUUACCUACACGCUGGUGCAGGUAGGAUAGCUGCACCACGUCCUAUAAUAUGAACAUGUAGUAAAAAAAAAAAAUAUGAACAUGAAAAAAAAAUGAACAUUUAGUAUUAAAAAAAUGAACACGUUAAAAAAAAAAAAAAAAACAUUUAAUAUUACAAAGUGAACAUGUUAAGAAAAAUGAUUAUUUAGUAUAUUAAAAGUGAACAUGAUUCUCAUAUAAUCAUAAAAUUGAUAGACCACGACCUUACAAAUGAACAUUUAGUAAAAAAAA